AUGGAUCAAGUGUACAAGAAUUUUUAAAAUUAUUUAACAACUGAGUUUGAAAGUAAAAUAAAAAAUGUUGAAACUCUUUAAGGAGAAAAUGAAGCAAAGCAUAAUGAAUAAUUACAGGCAAAGUUGAUAUAGUUUGAAACAUUAUACAGAAAUAUUAAAGAGAACUUCCCAAAUGCUUUAAAUCAUCCUAAAUCUGAGAAAUGA